AUGGCUUCUCAAGUCAUCAUUGCCUGCGGCACCAACAUUGCGCCCGUCCCUCCCACUUACCAAAUUCCUGGGGGCCAAGUCCUCAAUUUCGAUUCCAACGCCUUCAUGCAGGAGACCGGUAUGCGGACCGUCUAUGUCAUGGAUCAUCACGGCAAUUGGAUGGCGGAUGCUCCGGCCGAACUCUACUUGAACAUGCCCCCCGACAUGGCAGCUACCUUCUCCACCGGAAUGGGAGCUGAACCCAAGAAGAUUCUCAAGGAUCUGCUCCCUGCGGGCCGCAAGCUCGUCCGCUGGUCGGCUGACGAUAUGUGGGAGCGCGCUCGCGUCCUGCGUGCCCGUUGGCCCGAUGCUGUCAACGGCAUGUUCAAUAAGCCCCAAGCUUGGGCGGAUCUCUUCCAGUACUAUGACUCUGAGGACUUGUACUUUCUCGGCGCCCUCAACGUCUGGAACCUCGUCAAUCUGAUUGUCAAGAUCAACCUGGCCAUGACGGAACGAGAGCUUCAGUCCAAGUUGUUCCAAGUCCAGAACUGGGUUGAGGACUGGAUGACGUGGGAAGGUAAUCGCAUGAUGCUCGAGUGCUGGGAGCCCACCCAGAGUCAGAACAUCCUCGUUAUCCUCAGCGACUAUGACCGCAAGGAGGGCGGUUGCGGAGACUUCCAGCACUACGAGGACGAGCAGUUGCUCAAGCUUACUCUCGAGAAACGCUAUGCCGAAUGGAUCAACACUGGAUCUCACGGCAACUACGUCCAGUCCUGGCUCGACUCUACAGAUUCCCCGGGCAAGACCACCAGCCCUCCGCCGCUUGACAGCAUUCCUGAGGGCGGUGUUCCUCUCCCAAAGGCUCGAGUUUUCGGCCGUGUUGUUUCAGCUCCUGUUUCUGGUCUUCGAUGGGACAUGACCGAAUCUGUCUCUGCACCGCGGUCCUCCUCCGCUCAGCUAACCGGCGUUACCAAUGAGGGCGUUACCAAUGAGGACGUUACCAAUGAGGACGAGACCGAGCAACCUCUGGGUGAUAUCACUUCUCAGGCACUCAAUGUGGAGGUCAAGCCCGAGACAAAGACUGAGUUUGAGCAGGGUAUCAAAGCAUUUAUCAGUGCCUCUGCCCCGGCUUCCCCUGCUCUUACUCAGGAGAGCAGCAUGGACAGCAACAAGGAGAACUGUCCGCCUUCCGCACCUGCGACUGUUCCUUCUGCCGAGGGUCUCACGAUCAAUGUCCUUGCUGAUGUCGACAAUGUCGCUGGCCAGCCUAGCGCUGUCAAUACUAUAACCCAGCCUGAGAUGGCUGGUCUGUACAUCCGACAGACUCAGGAUCACUCCACUGCCAUCAAUACUCACAACAGCGUGCCUCCCACUGCUCAACCAGGCACCAACUCCAUGCAACAAGACUGGUCGCAAUUCUCUGGUGGUUUUGCUUCAUAUAUGAAGCAACCUCCUGCCCCUGCUUCUGUCAAUGACACGGGUCCGCGCGGCUAUUCCUAUGCCGGACGUGCUAGCAACACCACGGCUGGCGGUCCACCACCCCAUGGUGACUUGCAGCGGGGAGCGACAAACCUGCAGAACCAGCCGGUGACUCAGUACGCUACAGUUGAGAAUGCCCGAGGCUUAGCCGGAGUCCCGCCUCCGCAAGUUCAGAGCGCGAGGACUGCAUCCGGGUUCACAGACCGAAGCCUCAGCUUCGGUCAGCCUCAGGGUAAGAGCCCGCCGCGAAGCGCAGGCUGGCAACCAAAGUACUAUGAUGUGCUCCAUGGCCGCGUCUACACUAGGGAGGGCGGCGGCACAGCUGGCACUGCGGCCUCGUCCCAGUCUUCCUACCGUCACACAACGCCGCCUCGCGGCAACACCGGCCGGUCACUCUCUGAACGCCCAUCGCCCCCAGGCUGUGCGAAUGCUGGGCGACGGGGGAUUAUGACCAACUAUGUCGCUUGCUACUGCAAGCGCUGUGGCCCUCGUCAACGGGCCGUCUUCGUCAGCAAGCUCUCGGACGCCCUGGACCUCAAGCAUCCCCGCGUUCAGGCCAACAUCCGGGAUUACUUUAGCGAGUUCGGCCAGGUCGACCGGAUUGAGGCACAUGAGAUGAAACAGAAUGUCUUUGUCUUCUUCAAGACUGAAGCUGGAGCUCACGCGGCCAUCAAUCGCGGCCACCGACAUCCCAUCAAGGGACUCAGUGACGACGCCCUAUGCGUGAACUAUCCCGUCUUCUCGCAGUUCUUCAGGCCUCGCUACGUCUACCAGGGACACGUGCCCAACUACCACUCUACAAAGAACACCGACAGGUAUCGACCUCAGCGGCCGUCUCAGAAGGAUCGGAGCCAGAAGUAUUAUCCCCCUCCCGCUCCCGCGCCCGCGCCCGCGCAGUAUGACGCCUACCACGAGCCUGCGCCGACCGGCUACGAGAAGCGCUGGCCGUCCAACUCCCAGAGCCGACACCCUUCCCCCAGCCGGGCUCAGGUUCAUCAAUUCCAGCAGCCAGGCUAUGAGCUGCCUCUGGGCAAGACACGCCAGGGACCCCCUCCUGCGGCUGGCCCUGCUGGCGAUGCCCGUGCCGCUACCUAUUCGUACCCUGGAGUCGGUGGGUAUUCUGCUGGCUGCGCGCCUCAGGACAGCCAGCCAUACUACCCUCCAUACCAGGCUGGACUCAGCAACAUGGGUAUGCCGCCGCCGAAUGCGUUCCGACAGCCCGACGUGCAGCCUCCCGCGAUGGUUCCCGCGAUGACUGGCCCGUACAUGCCCGGAGAGCAGCCUGUCUACUAUCCCCCGCCUGCCGAGAACUACGCGCCCAACACCAACUUUGACUACCCGGCCCCUCAACUCGCGCAGCCCGUCAUCAAAUUCCCGCCCAAGGAAGACAUGGGUGCUUUUGGCGCGCGAGCCAAUCGACGCAAGUCUGAUUCGGCAAUGACUACGCCGACCAAGCCCUCUAAGGGCAAGAAGAAAUUCAAGAAGCCCGCGAGAGCUGGCAGGGCCCUCUCGGACCAGCAGGACUCAGGCUCGGCCAAGGACUCGGCCGAGGAGAGCAUGAUGGGGACGGUGAUCCGUCGCAAGCCUGUGCCCAAGGCUAGCAUCCUCCCAUCGGCGGCGGCAGUGACUUCUUCCGAGGACUCUAUGGAGGAGAACAGCAUGCGCACGGUGAUCCGCCGCAAGCCCGUGCCCAAGCCCAGCAUCCUCCCGUCCGCAGCGGCAGCGACUUUUGCUGAAAACUAUGUGGAGGAGAUCGACACAGGUACAGUCAUCCGUCGCAAGCCCGUGCCGAGGCCGCGAAUCCUCCCGUCGGCGGCGGCGGCAACUGCUGCCGAAGAGUCCACGGAGGAGGAGAACGACACUGGAACGGUGAUCCGCCGCAAGCCUGUGCCCAAGGCCAGCAUCCUCCCGUCGGCGGCGGCAGUGACUUCUGCCGAGGCCAAGUCUACGAGGUUGACGUCGCUGCCCAAGGGCUUCGAUCCUUUCCCGCGCAUGUCAUCCCAUCGCAAGCUGCCCUCCACCUCGGGAGCUCCAGCUACAGUUCACAUCGAAUGGCCUCCACCAAAGGGGAAGGCACCCGCCACGCCGCCCAACAAGGCUCCCGCUGUCGCGCCCACACCCUCACCCGAGCAAAAGAUUGUCGUGAACGAAGCCACUCCGCCCCAGGCCAUCAAGGCGAACCCGCCAGCAGAGUAUCGCACCCCUUCGCCUGCUGCUGCCCGGGUGGUUCGGCGAGCGGCGAGCGACCCGGAUGUCGCCGCGACCAGGGCUUCGUCAAGCAAGCGUCCGGCUCUUACUCAGUCCACGCUGCAGGCUCUAGGCAAGACUGCAAAGGCUACCCCUAUGAAUCUAACUAGCCCCACGAAGCAAGAUGCCACCAAGCUCGUGGUGAACACUCCGUCCGAGGCAAAGUCCCGCGAGACCUCGUAUGAGACGGCAAAGACCCAUCUGAGCCCAGAGAGCUCGCCUGGCGAGGGCUCCGACCGUUCGGCAGCAGCUUUGGGCAAGGGAAAACAGAAGCAGGAGCUCCAGCCUGCUGGCUCAGGGUCGCCAGCGAGACAGGCUCGCCCAUUCCCUUCACGGCCCUCGACCCCGACUGCCACUACCACAGGCACCCAGACCGUGGCCCCGAUGCAGGGCAACAACGACAACGGCAGCAGCAGCAUGGCUUGGCCGACAAAGACGUCUCCCUCACGCGCCGCCGUCAAGAAGUGGAAGAGCCCGGCCAAGGACGCCGGCCCGAGUGCCGGAUCGUCGAAGGCUCCGACCGAGCGCCCCGCAAAGUCGUGGGCAAGGUACACCAGCAAGGCGUCUGCCCCUGCAUUCAACAUGUCCAACUUCCCGGCACUGCCCGUGAACAAGACACGAGACGCCUCAGACGCGACUCAGGCGGCUAGGGUGCGCGCCUGGGCUGAGAAGCGCAAGAUGAAGGAGGAGGUCCUGAGCCCGACCGAGGCGUCGGCUUCUGGUAGCGACAAGGAGUGA